AUGGCAGACGAUGAUGUUGGGCUUAUCAGUCUGCGCUGCCUUAUAGAAACGGAGAUACCGGAGAGUCGAGCGAAUCUCGAGAAUAGUUACACGAACCUGGAACGUGUCGCCGCGUACUGCGAAGCGAAUUACGCGCAGGCGAUGGACAAAAAAGCUGCUUUUAACGAAACGCGGCAGUAUACGAUUCAAAGCCUUGCAAGUGUUGCUUAUCAAGUAAACACAUUGGCUUACGCAUUAUUGCAAACGCUACAACUUCAAGCCGAUAAAAUUGAGAAAAUGUCUUCUCAGGUUCAUAAUGUUGGCGAAGUAAUUGCUAUACAUAAAGAAAAAGUAGCUAGGCGAGAAAUAGGCGUAUUGACUGUGAAUAAAUAUAUCCAUAAACAACCAAAAAUUAUUGCUCCCUUGACUCAGGAAAGGAUUCCACGAUAUCAAAGAACUGCUAUUGAUUAUUCAGUACUCGAUAAUGUAGGUCACGGUGCCAAAUCUGUUGAACCACCAGUGAAAAUUGGUUCACGAACUGUUUCUAUAACUUCCGGUUAUAGUUCUGGAAAUCAUCCAGUGUUUCCUAAUUAUGAGCAGUUGCUUCCUAAAGCAAAUAUUAAUACUACACUUUCACGUUCCUCAACAGCUCGAGGAGAUCAUUAUCGAACACCACAAGCAGCUGCAACACCGCUAAUAGAUCCUCAACGAUUUUCAACUGUGACUCAAGCUAUGAAUUAUACUUCUGGUACUAAUAUAUCAAAUUAUGGUAGUGCUGGUUUACACAUAGAUUCACAGAAUUUACCAUUGCCUCCACCGCAAUUGGCCUCCGUUGAACAGUAUCGUAUUUCUGAUGGAAUGAUGCAGUCGGCGAAUGUGAUUUUGGACGAAGAGCCGUUGCCUUCACCACCACCAAACACCAACAUGUCGCCAUUGUUUGAGAAUGUUAAGCACACCCACAUGGCCGUUCCUAUUUCUGAACAUUCUGAUUCCUCUCAUUCACCAUAUAUCAAACAGUAUGAAUGCAUUCGUGAGUGGGCUCCUAAAACAUAUUUAGAAAAAGCUAUAGCUCUUUACGAUUAUGAAGCGGAAAAACCAGACGAAUUGACACUGCGUGAAAAUUGUAUAGUUUACAUACUAAGAAAAAAUGAAGACGGAUGGUUUGAAGGAGUUUUAGAUGGUUGUACCGGGCUUUUUCCUGGAAAUUAUGUUCAACGAAUAUAA